AUGCUUCGCGUGAACCCUCAACGCCUUCGACGGCUCGGAAACCCUUACGUAUGCACGCCGCGCAGUUCCUGUCUCUCAGCGCCAUGUAGUUCGCGACCCGCACCGUUCCGGAGCACCGUCCUGGUGAGCGAUCGUGGUUACGCAAAGAGCGCAAAUGCGUCAACAGCCGUGGAUGAGCCAGCUGCGACGGAGGAGAAGCCACUGGAUACAAAAGCCCACUCUUCAGGCGGAAAGGAUGAAAAGAAAACCCGUGCAAAGCUCACUCGUUCUCGUCGACCGACAAACUCCUCUCCGAAGAAGACGAAGCAAGCCCGAGCCGCGACCUCGACGAAAUCUGCCUCCCCGGAGCCUCCCUCGACAGGGACCGAACAACCGGCCGGCCCCGAUGUCAUACGCCAGGUGUUUGAGUCCCUGAAGAAGCUUGAGGAUAGCUAUGCCUCUAUCAACAAGAGGUUAUCCCACGUCCAGAAGGGCGCCGAUGGUAGCACCGUCUUGGGUCACGAGGCAGACCCUAGCGAUGUGACAAAGGCGCAAGAGCUGGAAAAGUUCGUGAAGCGGCAAACAUCGAAGCUAGGCGGGAGGCUCAAGACAGUCAGUGGUACCUUGGAUGUACUCAAGAGCGUCUUGAGCUCGCAGCAGAUUCCUCUGGACCACCUGGCCAAGCGGCCGGCUGUUACGGGCACUGCUUCCAAGACGGAUGAAUCAAAUUCAGCCACAGCAAUUGCGUCAUCGACAUCGGCUACCCAGUCCGUUGAAACCGAAGAAGCGAAAGCCUCGAGCACAACCCCCCCGAUUCGCAAGAUCAGAAGCGUGGCUCCCUUGGGCUCGCUGCGGAAACCAAAUAACGAGACAUCAGCGCCGUCUGCCUCUGAACCUGAGAAGCUCUCCGGACAUUGGACGUCUAUCGCAAACCGUUUGUUUCGAGGUGACAAGACUGCCCUUGUUGCAGGCGCAUCGGGGGCUGCCGCAUUAGACGCCAAAGGUGCUAGCUCUGGUGACGCUUCCGAGACAUCCACAACCAAAGCAGGCAAGUCGCGCAGGAAACCGAAACUGAACGUCCAGAGAGUAGUUGCGAGAAGCCUCGAUCUGGAGCCCAUCGAAGUACCGGAUGCACCAGAAGUCCCCAAACUGUCCUACGGACUGGAAAGAGUGUUGUUCAAUCCUGGAGUUUACCAUUUGCAAGACCCCCGUUCUCGAGUCUACAAUUUUGACCCCUACCUCUCAAACAUCAUGCCGAUCAACGAGUUCGACUUCAACGCGCUCAAGAAGUAUGUCACUUCUUCUAAAGACAAUACCUUAGUUGGCCUUGCAGCCAAGCUUCGCAAGAAAUAUACCGGAUCCACCUCCAGCAUGACACAGAUGCUGUCACAUUUCCACUACCUGCUCUCUGCUUGGCGGCCGAUCAACGCUUCGAAUCUCAGUCGGCAAUUCAACCCCGACUUCACAUCCUUCACACAAAUUCUACGCGCCCCGGCCGCCGCGUUCCUUCAUCUGAAGGAUGAUGUCUACGCCAUCGACGCAGACAAGGAGUAUGACAGCGCCAGCAUUCUGAGUAUGCUUGGAAAGUCAAUGGAGAAGCUCUUGACGCUACCGAAGGAUGAGUUCGAGAGAUACCGCCGAGCCAACUCAGGCCAGAUCACGGAAGAAGAGCGCAAUGCAGAGGAAGCCUUCCAUUACACGACCAUGGGUGACUUCCUCAUGCGCUCCCAGCUAGACGCCUACGAUCCGCGCUUGCCGGGGAGUGGCAUGUUCGACCUCAAGACAAGAGCCGUCGUUUCCAUCCGUAUGGACUCCCAGGGGUUCCAGAAAGGUCUCGGGUACGAAAUUCGCAAACGGUUUGGUCAGUGGGAAUCGUUUGAGCGGGAGUACUUUGACAUGAUUCGAGCGGCAUUUCUCAAGUACUCUCUGCAAGUGCGGAUGGGUCGUAUGGAUGGUAUUUUCGUCGCAUUCCACAACACACAGCGCAUUUUCGGCUUCCAAUACGUCAGUCUGGAGGAGAUGGACCUUUCCCUUCACGGAACUGAAAACCGAACCCUCGGCGACCAAGAGUUCAAGCUUAGUCUGCAUCUUCUCAACAAGGUGCUAGAUCGUGCUACGGAACGCUUUCCCGGCCGCUCUAUCCGGCUUCACGUAGAGACGCGGCCCACGGAUCCUCCUUUCAUGUAUGUUUUCGCCAAACCUGUCACGUCAGAGGAGAUCGAGAAGGUCCAGACUUCCAAUCAGACCGCUGUUGCCGAGUACGAAAAGCAAAUUCUUGGCCUUGCCCAAGAAGAGUCAGAACCUGAAGCACCGGAGCCGGAAGCCGAGCAGCUAGUCAGCCAGGAAGAAGAAACGGUUAGCAUCGACGAAGCUCGGAACCAGCUGCGACAGACGCAAGCUUUCUGGGAAGAAAUGCAAGAAAAGGUGGACGAGGCGGUCGAAGACGAUGCUCUUGGCAUCGGUCAUGUUCGAGAGGCAAUCCAGGACGCCCUGGAACAGAGCGGCCUGCUCAAAGCGAGGACGCCGGAGGAGGCUCGUUGGUACGUCGACGGCCUACUCGAGGCCCUUACUCCCAAACAAGCCAACGAUGUACGGGAGAACAAUGGCAAGGAAAACGAGCAGGUCGAAUCACUUGUCAGUGGAACUGUCGCUUCGACGACCGCUUCCGCUCAAGGCGAUGGACUCGGCGCCGCGCAGGCGGAUACUCCAACGAGCUCAGAAGCGACGUCGGUAGCCCAGGAGACAGGUGAAGCGCAACCACCGCAAGGAGUCGAGAAUACCUCUAUUCCAAGUACCGAUCGUGUCGAUUCGGGAGUACGCGGCUCCCGCGAUCUUGGCCUGAAAGAUCUCAUUCUUCAGGUUGCCACACGUGUGGAUGAAAAGGCUGAGGUUGAGGAGUUCGACGACGAUGCCGCAUCUGACGUUUCCAAACUUAGAACAUUUGAACGCAUUCUUUCCGAGCUUGUGGCCAGGUCCAGACAGGCGGAAAGCGGCCCAACAUCUUCGACAACGUCACCGGUCGACGGCCUCUCAUCUGAGACCAGUAGUGAUGGCCUCGAGACCAGUAUUAGAAGCGCCGCCGCCGUCGCUGCUACCGCCGAAUCCAUCAAGGAAGCCGCCAGCGAUGCCGGUGAAAAGAGUCGAGAGGCCGAUACCGAGCUCUAUAUUAAAAAAGGCGAGCUCCUGGGCAUGGUCGUGACGAUCCGCAACAAGGUCAAUGGGCAGUACGUCCCGCGACCCGAUCCCCUUAGCUCGCGAUCGAGCUGGGUUUUGGAGUAUUCUAUUGAGGAUCUCCCUGGCGAUCGCGCAAAGACUAUAUACAAGGCCCUGCAGGAUAGACGCAAGAAGGUGCUCGUGCAUGACGACCCCAAAGACCGAGAGAAACAGUGGUACUCCAUGUUCUCGGGCAAGUUAGAGGCAUUCAGCUCGAAGGGCAAACAGUACCGGAAGGAACAGGACGCGUUGAGCAAAACGUCGCCGAUUCACGUCCUCGGUGAGGAGGAGCCCCUGACUUGGGACGAGGCUUUCGGCCACCAAAAGGAAUGGAAAACGCUGUCGCCGGACGAGACCAACGAUUCUUAA